AUGGGAGGCGCCACUGGAUUUGUCCGCACAUCCCUGGCUGUCGUCACCUUUCUGGUUUGGUGCCAAGCACAGAGCAGCACGAGGAACUACGGGCCAGUGUUUGAAGAGCAGCCUGUCCACACCCUCUUCCCCGAAGGCUCAGCUGAAGAGAAAGUCACGCUCUCUUGCCGAGCAAGAGCCAGUCCUCCUGCGACCUACAGGUGGAAGAUGAACGGCACAGAGCUAAAGACCGAGCCAGAUUCCCGUUACAGGCUGGUUGCAGGCGACUUAGUGAUCAGCAACCCGGUGAAAGCCAAGGAUGCUGGCUCCUACCAGUGCGUGGCAUCUAACUCCAGGGGCACAGUGGUCAGCAGAGAAGCCUCCCUCCGCUUUGGCUUUUUGCAGGAGUUCUCAAAAAAAGACCCCGUGAAGAUUACAGAAGGCUGGGGAGUGAUGUUCACCUGCAGCCCUCCCCCUCAUUACCCAGGCUUAUCCUACCGAUGGCUCCUGAAUGAGUUUCCCAAUUUCAUCCCAGCUGAUGGAAGGCGUUUCAUCUCGCAGACGACAGGAAACCUUUACAUUGCCAAGACAGAGGCGUCUGACCUGGGCAACUAUUCAUGCUUUGCCACCAGCCACAUCGACUUCAUCACCAAGAGCGUUUUCAGCAAGUUCUCCCGGCUCAGCCUCGCUGCAGAGGAUGCCAGGCAGUAUGCACCCAGCAUAAAAGCCAGAUUUCCUGCAGACACCUACGCUCUGGCUGGGCAGAUGGUGACUUUGGAGUGUUUUGCCUUUGGAAACCCUGUUCCUCGAAUAAAGUGGAGGAAGCUGGACGGCUCGCAGUCCUCCAAGUGGAUCGGCAGCGAGCCCCUCUUGCAGAUCCAGGAUGUCGGCUUUGAAGAUGAAGGCACUUACGAGUGCGAGGCUGAAAACAUCAAAGGGAGAGACACCUACCAGGGCCGCAUCAUCAUUCAAGCUCAGCCAGAGUGGCUGAAGGUGAUCACGGACACGGAAGCCGACAUCGGGUCCGACCUGCGCUGGAGCUGCGCGGCUGCCGGCAAACCCAGGCCCGCGGCCCGAUGGGUUCGGGACGGGCAGCCGCUGACCUCCCAGAACCGCAUCGAAGUGAGCGGUGGAGAGCUGAGAUUUUCCAAGCUAGUCCUGGAGGACUCUGGCAUGUAUCAGUGUGUGGCUGAGAACAAGCAUGGCACAGUAUAUGCAAGUGCUGAAUUAACAGUGCAAGCCUUAGCACCAGAUUUCAGACUAAACCCAGUGAAGCGACUGAUACCUGCAGCCCGAAGCGGGAAGGUCAUCAUCCCAUGCCAACCAAGAGCAGCACCAAAAGCCACUGUGCUCUGGACCAAAGGGACUGAGCUUCUGAUCAACAGUAGCAGGGUGACUAUUACCACAGAUGGCACCCUGAUCCUCCAGAAUAUCAGCAAGUCUGAUGAGGGAAAGUACACCUGCUUUGCUGAGAAUUUCAUGGGCAAAGCCAACAGCACUGGAAUCCUCUCUGUUCGAGAUGCCACCAAAAUCACAUUGGCACCAUCUAGUGCUGACAUCAAUGUAGGUGAAAACCUUACCCUACAGUGUCACGCGUCCCACGAUCCAACUAUGGACCUAACCUUCACCUGGGCCCUAGACGAUUUCCCCAUUGACUUCGACAAGUCUGAGGGGCACUACCGGCGAGCCAGCGCGAAGGAAGCUAUCGGGGACCUCAGCAUCUUCAAUACCCAGCUGAAGCACUCGGGGCGGUACACGUGUACAGCCCAGACAGUGGUGGACAGCGCUUCCGAGUCAGCCACGCUGACCGUCAGAGGACCUCCAGGCCCCCCCGGGGGGGUGGUGGUGAGAGACAUCGGUGACACCACCGUCCAGCUGAGCUGGAGCCGCGGCUUUGAUAACCACAGCCCCAUUGCCAGGUACAUCGUGGAGGCACGGACCCUCCUCUCCAACAGAUGGAAGCAGAUGCGUACCAAUCCUGUGAAUAUUGAAGGCAAUGCAGAGACAGCCCAGGUGGUGAACCUCAUCCCUUGGAUGGAUUACGAGUUUCGGGUCUUAGCGAGUAACAUUCUUGGAGUUGGAGAGCCAAGUUUACCCUCCAGUAAAAUCCGUACCAAAGAAGCAGCACCUACUGUGGCACCAUCUGGGCUCAGCGGAGGUGGAGGGGCUCCCAACGAGCUGAUCAUCAACUGGACGCCGACGCUGCGGGACUAUCAGAACGGAGACGGCUUUGGCUACAUCGUGUCGUUUCGCAAGAAAGGCACCCAGGGGUGGAUGACGGCGAGGGUGCCGCACGCGGAAUCACUGCACUACGUCUACCGCAACGAGAGCAUCGGUCCCUACACCCCCUUCGAAGUGAAGAUCAAAGCGUACAACAGGAAGGGAGAGGGACCAGAGAGCCUCACUGCCAUCGUGUACUCUGCAGAGGAAGAACCGAAAGUGUCUCCUUUCAGAGUUAUGGCCAAGGCCGUUCUGUCCUCAGAAAUGGAUGUGUCCUGGGAGCCCGUGGAGCAGGGAGACAUGACGGGAGUGCUUUUGGGCUACGAGAUUCGGUACUGGAAGGAUGGUGAUAAAGAGGAGGCAGCUGACAGAGUGAGAACAGCGGGGCUGGUCACAUCAGCUCAUGUCACUGGCCUAAACCCCAACACGAAAUACCACGUGUCAGUCAGAGCUUACAACCGGGCUGGAACUGGCCCCCCCAGUCCCUCCACCAACGUCACGACAACCAAACCACCACCAAAGAGGCCGCCUGGCAACAUCUCCUGGACUUUUUCUGGGUCUAUGGUCAGCAUCAAGUGGGACCCAGUGGUGGCGAAGGCAGAUGAGUCUGCAGUUACGGGGUACAAGAUGCUUUACAGGCAGGAUUCCCACUCUGCUCCCACACUAUACCUGGCCAGCAAGAGCCGCAUUGACAUCCCUGUCCCGGAGGACUUCACUCAUGCCUUCGUACAGAUCAGGGUGACAGGCCCCGGGGGAGAUGGGAUCCCAGCAGAAGUUCACAUCCUCAGAAACAGUGGGACAAGUAUGAUGGUGGAAGACUCUGUGACGAGGCCAGUGCCACACGCUGUCAUUAUCACAACUAACUCUCUAGUAAUGGUGGCCCUGAUGAGCUCCCUGCAGCUCUGA